UCACUGCGGACUCCCUGAGUUGUGUGGUGCUCCUGGACCUCUUUGUCAUCAAAAAGUUUUUUUAAAUCUCCUUAACCAUGUCUGACGAAGAAGAAGUUUACUCCGAAGAGGAGGAGGAGGAGGAAGUCGUUGAAACGACUACCACCACUACCACCAAAGUCGAAGAAGGAGCGGGAGAUCCAGAAUUCAUCAAGCGUCAAGACCAAAAAAGAUCAGAUCUUGAUGAACAACUUCGCGAAUAUAUUGCAGAAUGGCGUAAGCAACGUGCUAAGGAAGAGGAAGACUUAAAAAAACUUAAGGAAAAACAAGCUAAACGUAAGAUUACACGUGCAGAUGAAGAAAGGAAAAUGGCGGAACGCAAGAAGGCUGAAGAAGAGCGCCGCAUCCGUGAAAUUGAAGAAAAGAAACAGAGAGACAUUGAAGAAAAGAGACAACGUCUUGAGGAAGCCGAGAAGAAACGUCAAGCUAUGAUGCAGGCUCUUAAAGACCAGAACAAAAACAAAGGACCUAACUUUACCAUUACCAAAAGGGAUGCCGCAUCUAACCUCUCUGCCGCUCAACUUGAAAGGAACAAGACUAAGGAACAAUUGGAAGAAGAAAAGAAAAUCUCCUUAUCUAUCCGCAUCAAACCCUUAGUUCUCGACGGUCUUAGCGUAGACAAACUCCGUGAAAAAGCACAAGAGCUUUGGGAUUGCAUCGUUAAAUUGGAAACUGAGAAAUAUGACUUGGAAGAAAGGCAGAAACGUCAAGAUUAUGAUCUUAAAGAAUUAAAAGAAAGACAAAAACAACAAUUGAGACACAAAGCUUUGAAGAAGGGUCUAGACCCUGAAGCCCUUACCGGCAAGUACCCACCUAAAAUUCAAGUAGCGUCCAAAUAUGAACGUCGUGUUGACACCAGGUCAUACAGUGAUAAGAAACAUCUAUUUGAAGGUGGCUUUGAUAUGCUCUAUUUGGAUUUCUUGGAAAAAGUUUGGAAGAACAAAAUUGAAGAAUUUAUGAACAGACCGCGUGCAAAACUUCCCAAAUGGUUCGGUGAAAGACCAGGCAAAAAAGCCGGAGACCCAGAUUCACCUGAAGGUGAAGAAGAAGGUAAACAAGCUGCUGAUGAUGAUGACGAUCUUAAAGAACCUGUAAUUGAACCAGAACCAGAAGAAGAGGAGGAAGAAGAGGAAGUAGAAGUCGAUGAAGAAGAGGAGGACGAUGAGGAAGAAGAGGAAGAAUAAAUGCCAAAAUAAAAAUUUAUGUAGGAAAAUAAUAUAAUGUAACAUCAAAUUCUCAUAUAAGAAAUGAAAACCAGUUACUUCAACAUACAUAACAUUUCAAAUUUUGUUUUAUUUUUUGUUCCAAGUUGUUUAAAAUGUUUAUUUAUAUUUAUUAUAUAAAAAGUUGUAUAUGUAAUCUUAAAGCAAGGUUAUAUUAUAAUGGUGUUUUAUUUGUAUGUUAGGUUUAAGCCAAAAAUAAACCAUUUGAAUAAUUAA